CCCAGUCCAGGGCCAAAUUUUAAUCCGGGUCUGCCCAUAAUGCGCCGUUAGCUGAAUAGUGGUUCUCAUGACACUAUGAUAUUCCCACCAUGUUCAGCGUGCAGGUGUUGUGGCAGGGCAGGGAGAAGGUGGGAAAAAGAUGACGAUCCACUGAACACCCCACACAAAAAGGGGCUUAUUAGACAAAACUUAACGGAAAGGGCAAACUAGAAAGCAAAGGGGUCAUGAGGUGUCAGAACUAAUCAAGGGAAAACACAACAGAACCAUAAACAGACCUACAAAGGGAAUUAUGCAACAAAGGAAUUAGAGGUAGGGAACUGGGCAGAGUAAAAACACACAAUACCAUAAGCACAAUGACUGACUGACAAAGGGUGUUAGGGCUGGUACUUAAAUACACAUGAAAACCAGAGCAAUGAAAAGGUGUAUGUCAUAAUCAAAAUAACCAAUCAAGGAUGGCAACAGGUAGAGUGACUAACACUAAUUAGCACAGGACUAGGAAACACUGGCUGCACACUGGGAUAAUAAACUAGGAUAAUUAACAUGGAACAAAAAUAUUAACAGGACAAGCAGGGUAAUCCUAUAUGAAAAACUAAUUGUAAAUGGUCUAAUGGUAAAACUAAAUAGAAAAUAAGAAACACUGGGGGAAACAGAAAACCAAUAAAUAUAAAUAAACAGAUGUGUCUGGCCUGACCAGCUUCAAACCCACGACUGGCGAGUUACAUGAUAAGUCACUGAAACACACUAGUGAUGAAAACUAUGCAAGGGAUGGGGGAAGCAGAAUGACCAGCAAUGACUGCCGGCCAACAUGGGGAAAAGACAGACAGGCUGGGGUCGGACGGGCAGCAACCCUGACAGCAGGAUGGUGCCUUUAGCUGGUGGUUAUCAGAGUCUGACAGGACGCCCUCCCUCUCCUCCGCCUGCGUUUUGCUCACCCCUUCGCCCUGCGACCCCCAUGUCACUCUUUAAUGGCAUGCCUUGAUUCCCACUGCCCUUCCUGCCUUCACUGGUGUACUUUGUAAUCUGUAGGAUCAGCAUCCCGAAUGCCAUGUGAUACUAUGACAUGCUUUUGUGUACGCCUAAAAUGCACAGUCAUCGUGUUUGUUAAGAAAAUACUGACAGUUUGCUAACAAAGCCCUCUGGAGACACACAUUUUGGAUUCAGCCAACUCAGUGAGUGUCAAUCACGACCCUGGUCCCCUGUGACUGUGGACUGAGUGACUCUGACAGUACAGCUUCCAUGCUGCCAGCUUUGGGUUUAAUAGCUAAUAAGUGUCAGCGCAGUGAGGCCUUAGAUCUGCUUUGUCCGAGCUCAGCCCAGUGGCUCGACACCGACCGCUAACCCAGCUCCACAAACCAUUUCUCAAGUACACUCAUCCAUGAUAGGCCUCUGUCUCCAACUUCACCACUGUGAACAGAGAGAAAGGGGGAUUGCAGAAAUCUAACUGUGCAGAUAUGGUGAGUGUGCACCAACCUUGGGUCCGGUACUGAUCAACUGGAGCGUCAAUCACAUCAUACCUGCCAGCCUCACACACCGCCAGUGACAGUCCUCACGUCGGCAGAUCAGAGGUCCCACACAAGCCAUAGGCACGACGAGGGAGAGGCUGAGAAGGUCUCCAAGCUAACCAGGGUCUCCCUGCCUUUCCUGGCACGUCAUGGACGACUCUGCAGAGCAUCCUAGCUGGGUCUCCUCACCACUCUUGGGCCUGAACACCCUAGCCAACUUCCCCCCCGGUGAGGACGGUCACCAUGGUUACCCAUCCUCCAUCCUGAGUAACAUCCACUGGUUUGAGGGGUCCGGGGGCCAUCCCCAAGGUCCUUCCUAUGGCCCCCUAGCUGCUGUAUGGGCUGGUGGACCCUUCGCUAAGCACCCUCUGCACACACACACACCACCGCCCCCCCACACCCCGAGUCCAGCGUCUUCCUUCAUCUCCCCCGUGGAGAUGCUCUUCCUGGCCUGCGAUGGAAAGCAGAGUCCCAGACUCGAAGAGGCCUUGAGGGUCGAGCAGCCCGGCAUGAUGGGCGGGCGUGCUGGAGACUUCCCAAUCCUGAGCUCUGGUGUGGGCAGCGUCUCUGCAGCCUCCCCUCGAAGCCCCUCCCACGUGGUGACGCCCUACAGCUCCUCCGUGGGCCCCCAUCAACAUCACAGGACGGGCUCACCAGGCGCAUGGAGCUCCUCAUCACAUUCCCCAAAGCUGCGGAAGAUGAGACCUUCCUCACCAACUCGAGAAUGUGUGAACUGUGGAGUCUGCAUUACACCGCUGUGGCACCGUGAUGCAGCGGGUCACUACUUGUGCAAUUCCUGUGGAGUCAACCAUAAGAUAAACAAACGGAAGUGGCCCCUCCUCCAGGCCAAAAACAGAUCGAUGGCGGGCAGGAGGAUCGGUAUGCAGUGUGCCAACUGCCACACCAGAAGCACCAGUCUGUGGAGGCGCAAUGCCAGUGGCGAACCCGUGUGUAAUGCCUGCGGGCUCUACUUUAAGCUGCAUAAUGCGAACAGGCCUCUCACCAUGAAGAAGGACACCAUCCAGACACGGAAUCGCAAGGUGUCCAUUUUUAGCAAGAAGAUGAGGCGUGGUGAUGGACCGGCCCGCCAGCCCUGCAUGCCCCAGGCCCCCGUCCCGGAGCAGUAUGCAGGCUUAGACUCUAUGGCCCAGCCCGCAUAUAGAUACCCCACCCCCCUUCUCCCACCCCCCUCCACACUGCAGUCUGAAAUGUGGCCCACACUGGGCUGAUUCAGUCACAGCAAAGUCAAAGGUCAUUUGAACGUUCAUACUGCUAAAAACCAAACUGGGAACCGAGCUUUAAAAAAAAAAAAAACCACACAGCCGCGGACA